AUGAAAUGCUUCGCCCUUGUGACGCUUCAGUUGCUGUGUGUUUUUCUCAUCAAGAUGAUCGUGGACCACUACCGUCCUUGGCACGAGAUCCUUGACUACGGUCAGUUGGCCUACGCGACACAGGAGAUAUUCUUUUACGCAUCGGGCGUGGGAACGCUGAUAUGCAUUGCAGCAGCUUGA